AUGGAAGCGACGCCCCGGCGCAGCGUGCUGGGCAAUGAAGCUCGCGACACCGCCCAGGUACAACGCCGUCAGAGAGAUCCCGGGACGGCAUCUGUAUGGGGUGUGAGCUGUGAGCGGAUGCUGUACACGGCCAACGGAGCAGCGGUCAGCUUCGAGGAGGAACUGGCUUAUGCGCGCCCGAUCCUGCAGCGCACGGUAAUUCACGACGGGUUUCAGUGUGACAAGGCCAAUGUGCUGAAGGACGGGCAGUGUUUGCCUUGCAGUCCCGGCACGUUUUUCCAGGCAACGGGUAUCUUUUGCGAUGUCGUCUUGAAAGGCAGUGAUGAAUCCUUGCAGGGGAUUCCUUGUCAUCGCAGCGUGCUCAGCGUACAGAGCCCUUACUUUCGCGCUGCCUUCACGCACAACUGGAAAGAAUCCUCUGAACCUGUUUUCCGGCUGGCCAAUAUCGACAACCUCACGUUGCAGGAGUUGGUGGCGUAUGCGUACACGAUGAAUCUGCGCUUGAGCGAUGACACCGUUGUGUCAGUCUUGAUUGCGGCGCAGUUCCUGCAGAUGACUCCGGUGGCCCGAAUGUGCUGGAAGUACGUGAAACAGCACCUGUCCCUGUCCAACUGCCUGGACGUCCACGCGCUGGCUUCGCAGCACAGCAAUCCGCGCCUGGCCAGCGCAGCUUUGCACUUUAUCCAGCUGCACUUCCAGAUCUUGGCGCAAAGCCAGGAAUUUCUGGAGUUGGACGCGCAUCAGCUGGCUGCACUGAUCGCAUCGGAUGCAGUGGACGUGUUCAGUGAGGACCAGGUGUGGGAGACGGUGAUGCGCUGGUUGGACCACGACCGUCCCGGACGACUUGCGAACAUGCCCGUCGUCCUGCACAACGUCCGUGCUCCCUUCCUCAGCGAUCAGUAUCGGGAGAACUGGAAGUCCGCGAUGGCCGCCAACGGACUGCCUCUCGGGGAAGGGCAGGGCACUGCAGAACGGCAUUCGUAUGGUGCGCAGGAUGUGAUCCUUUGUGUGGGUGGUUUCCUGGGCGACAACGACAAAACUGCCGUGUACGCUUUCAGCCCAUCAAUCCCAACCGUGUGGCGCUUGGAGGAUCUGCCCGCUGACGCCGAUGACUGCCGCACGGUGCUGCUGGACGCCGCUUCCUUUCUGAUUUUCCACCAUAAUGGUAUGCACAUCGUGCAACGCGACAGCCACUACACGGGUCUCCGUGACAAGUGGCGCGAGGUGGACCCGACGCCGCGCUGGAAUACGACGGCUGCCGCGCUGGAUGGUCGCAUCUACGUCUCCGGUGGCAAUGCCUGUGACGAUGAUAGACGGAACGUGGAGGCCUUCGACCCUAAACGCAAUUCCUGGAGACCAGUCGCCCCGCUGCCCGUCUACCUGACCUGCUUUGAAAUGGUGGCUUCCUGCGGUCGACUGUUUGUGUUGGGCGGGGAAGGCGACGAAGGCGGCGAUGAAGAGUAUGGCCGAUGGGUUUUUUCGUACGACCCUGAUACAGAUAAAUGGACUCAACUGCGCGAUAAGCCGACCGCAGACAUCGGCAGACAUGUCUGCGUGGGUGCAGAAGGGUUGGUUUUCGUUAUCGAGGAUGCGAAACGGUUUGUGCGCGUGGAUGCUUACGACCCCGCCACCGACCAGUGGGUGAGAAAAGCGGAUCUGAUCAGGGAGCGCGUUAACCCCGGAUGCGCGUACCUGAAUGGGAAGCUGUACGUUAUUGGAAGGGACCGAUGGGUAGAGGAUGGAUACUGCAGCAUCGAAGUGUACGAUCAUGAGACGGACAGCUGGACGCUGCAGGAAUGCCAAAUACCGGAGAGCGAGUACGGCUUCGAUUGUGUGGUCAUGAAAAUGAAACCCGGCUGA